GCCGCCGGAUGCUCAGAGCUUGACGCGGGGCCUGGGGAAACGCUUCCUCCCCCCUGGCGCUGUUCCAGUUGUCCUCGAGCUUGCACUGAAGAUGAAUCCCCGCGCGACCGUGUGCGCAGCCCGCGGAGGUCACGGGCCUACUUUCAACUAGCGGCCGGUCACCUCUGCAAUUAUGGAUAUUUGAAAGGAUCAGACAGUGUGGAGGGGGAGUUCCCCUUCUCACUCCCCCUUGGUGCUUGAUUAUAGGAAUAAUUUAUAAAGUGCAAAACUUUUUAAAUAAAGAACUUAUUUUGAUAUAAACUUUCUAGAGCUGUUUAUAAUUUUUGAUUACUUGCCAAAAUAAAUGGUAUGAAAAUAUAUAGUUUUACACUAUUGCCACGAAGACUUGAUUUAUAAUUCUAAAUAGACUGUCCAUUUGUUUUCUAUAAAUAUUGAUAGCACCUUAGUGUCCUAACUUUUUACAAUUUUUAAAAUUAGUCUUAAUUUUUCUGAAGAAAUCAGCUAAGGAGAAACAAUUAGGAUGAGUUCCUCCAUUCCUGACUGUACUUUGAAGUGUCGAUCACUGAAGCAUGCAUUGGCUGUCCUAUCUGUAAUAACGAAGGGGAGUGAAAACCAGAUAAAGGCCUUUCUCUCCAGUCACUGUUAUAAUGCUACAACUAUCAAGGAUGCCUUUGGUAGAAAUGCUCUUCACUUGGUUUCCUCCUGUGGGAAAAAAGGAGUGUUAAAUUGGCUUCUUGAGAAAGGAGUGGAUCCAUCAUUGAAAGACAAGGAAUCAGGAUGGACUGCUUUGCACAGAAGCAUUUUUUAUGGACAUAUUGAUUGUGCUUGGUCUCUACUGAAGCAUGGAGUAAAUCUGUAUAUUCAAGAUAAAGAAGGAUUAUCAGCUUUGGAUCUUGUGAUGAAGGAUAGACCAUCUCAUGUAGUAUUUAAAAAUACUGAUCCUACCGAUGUGUACACGUGGGGAGAUAACACAAAUUUCACUUUGGGACAUGGAAGUCAGAAUAGCAAAAAUCAUCCAGAGUUGGUAGAUCUGUUCUCCAGGAAUGGGAUUUAUAUCAAGCAGGUGGUGCUUUGUAAAUUUCACACAGUAUUCCUGUCUCAAAAAGGACAGGUUUAUACUUGUGGUCAUGGUCCUGGAGGACGUUUAGGUCAUGGAGAUGAACAGACUUGUUUGGUCCCUAGACUUGUGGAAGGACUCAGUGGUCAUAAUUGUUCCCAAGUAGCAGCUGCUAAAGACCAUACUGUUGUAUUAACUGAAGAUGGGGGUGUUUAUACGUUUGGUCUAAAUAUUUUUCAUCAGUUAGGAAUUAAUCCUCCACUUUCCAGCUGUAAUGUACCCAGACAGAUACAAGCAAAAUAUCUGAAAGGAAAGAUCAUCAUUGGAGUAGCAGCAGGUAGAUUUCAUACAGUCCUGUGGACUAGAGAAGCCGUUUAUACUAUGGGACUAAAUGGUGGUCAGCUAGGUUAUUUACUAGAUCCUAAUGGAGAAAAGUGUGUAACAGUACCUCGUCAAGUCUCUGCCCUUCAUCAUAAGGACAUUGCUCUGUCUUUGGUUGCUGCAAGUGAUGGGGCCACUGUCUGUGUUACCACAAAGGGAGAUAUUUACCUACUUGCAGACUAUCAGUGCAAGAAACUGGCUUCUAAACAACUGAACUUGAAAAAGGUUCUUGUAUCAGGGGGCCAAAUGGAGUAUAAAGUUGAUCCUGAACAUUUGAAAGAAAAUGGGGGUCAGAAAAUCUGCAUUCUUACAAUGGAUGGAAGUGGAAGGGUAUUUUGUUGGAAAUCGGUCAACGGUUCGCUGAAACAGUGUCGGUGGGCUUAUCCACGCCAAGUGUUCAUUUCUGAUAUUGCUUUAAAUAAAAAUGAAGCUUUCUUUGUUACACAGGAUGGAGAAGGAUUUAGAGGGAAAUGGUUUGAUGAAAAAAGAAAGAAUUCUGAAAAGAAAGCAGAGAUCUUAUCAAACCUUCAUAAUUCCUCAGAUACGUCUUGUAUAUCUGACAUUAAUAGUGUCUAUGAAAGAAUUCGACUUGAGAAACUUACUUUUACCCAUAGAGCUGUUAGUGUCAGCACUGAUCCAAGUGGAUGCAAUUUUGCACUCCUCCAGUCAGAUCCUAAAGCAAGCCUCUAUGAAAUUCCAACUGUGUCCUCAUCAUCAUUUGCUGAAGAAUUUGGUAAACUAUUGAGGGAAGCAGAUGAAAUGGAUAAUAUCCAUGAUGUGACCUUUCAGGUUGGCAAUAGACUCUUCCCUGCACAUAAAUAUAUUUUGGCAGUGCGUUCAGACUUUUUUCAGAAGUUAUUUCUUUCAGAUACUUCUUUAGACUUUAUAGAUGUUUACCGAAAAGAUGAAGAUUCUGCAGGAUGUCAUCUGUUUGUGGUAGAGAAGGUUCAUCCUGAUUUGUUUGAGUACCUUUUACAAUUUGUAUACACAGAUACUUGUGACUUUUUAACUCAUGGCUUCAAACCAAGAAUAAAUAUAAACAAAAAAACAGAAGAUUAUCAGGGCACUCUGAACACUAAUGUGAAUAAAAUGAAUUGUCAUGAAGAUAAUCAAAAAUCAGCAAAUGAAGUUUACAAAAGUUACCAAGCUCAUUCAACUAGUGAGAAGCAGAAAAAAAAGCCCAGAUCUUCGAAAAAGGGAAAAAGUACUGGGGAAGACGAUCCUGUCAGAAUGUUGCAAAGUGUUGCAAAGAAAUUUGGUUUCAUUAAUUUGAGUAGUAGGUUAGAUGGAGUCAGAUUUGAAAAUGAAAAAAUUAGUGUUAUUGCCAAGAAACCAGCUUAUAAACCAAAGCUAAAUCGGAAUAAAUGUUCAUUUCUGUGUGAUGUGACCAUGAAAUCAGUGGAUGGAAAAGAAUUUCCUUGUCAUAAAUGUGUUCUUUGUGCUAGACUUGAAUAUUUUCAUAGUAUGCUGAGUAGCUCUUGGAUUGAGGCAUCCAGUUGUAGAGCUCUGGAAAUGCCAAUACAUUCUGACAUCCUGCAAGUUAUUUUGGACUACCUCUAUACAGAUGAAACUGUGGUGAUAAAAGAAUCUCAAAAUGUGGAUUUUGUAUGUGGUGUUCUUGUGGUGGCUGAUCAGCUUCUCAUAACUAGAUUGAAAGAAAUUUGUGAAGUAGCUUUAACUGAAAAGCUUAACCUUAAGAAUGCUGCUAUGCUCCUGGAAUUUUCAGCAAUGUAUAAUGCUGACCAGUUGAAAUUGUCUUGUUUACAGUUUAUAGGACUAAAUAUGUCUGCUUUACUAGAAGCAAGGUCUCUCGAUGUUUUAAGUGAUGAAGUUUUAAAGGAUCUUUCUGUGUUUUACCGAAAAAUGAUUCCAGCAAUGGAUAGAAGAAUCAUAACGCCUUAUUCAGAUGGACCAGAUAUUAACUAUUUGGAAGAAGAUGGAGAUGUAUUUUUCAAAGAAGAGAUGAAUAUGGAACAAAAUUAUUUAGAAAGUGUGUUGAAGAAGGCAAAAACAAAAGCAAAAAAGAAGCCCCGGAAGCGAUCAGAUAGUUCAGGAGGUUAUAAUCUCUCAGACAUUAUUCAGAGCCCACCAUCUACAGGAUUAUUAAAGUGUGAAAAGACCAACUCUGUGGAAUCUCUUCCAGAACUAUUAACUUCAGACUCUGAAGGAAGCUAUGCGGGAAUAGGCAGUCCUAGAGAUUUACAGUCCCCUGAUUUCACAACAGGAUUUUAUUUGGAUAAGAUUGAGAGAAAAAUUAAACCAUGUGUUAAUGACACACCUCCUUCAUCCUCCAGGGAAGAUUUAAAACCGUGGGAAAAAUCACCAAGAAUUAAAAUAUCUGCUCCACAACCAAUUCCUAGUAAUAGGAUUGAUACUGCAAGUUCUUCUAGUUGGGUUACUGGCUUAUUUAGUCCUGUCAGCCCUCCUGUCACGGAUCUGAAAACUAUAAUGCAAAUUGAAGAAAAUAGACAAAAAUGUGCAACCACACCGAAGACAAAUUUAUGCAAGAUAAAUUCUCCUGGAGUUAAACUUUCUCAGAAGCAACGAAAAAUUAUUGCAAUGACUACUAAAGAAAGUUAUUCAGGAAUAAAUGGCGUGGAAACAGCUUUAAGUGCUUCAUCAAAACUUCACAAGCCAAUGAAGGCAUGGACAACUUCCAUGCAUUCAGUUUCAUCCAAGUCAUUCUGGGAUUUAUUAGUAGAAGAAAAACAAAGUAUUAGUGACCAUAAUUCAGGAGAUCAUAUCAAAAAAGUGUGUUUUAAAGGAAUUGAAAAUUCCCAGCCUCCCAAAAUUACAAGUCCCUGGCUCUCUUCUUCACUGACUUCUCCAGCCAUGGAAGCCCCCGUUACUUUUGCAUCUAUUGUAGAAGAAGAACUACAACAGGAAGCAGCUCUUAUCAGGAGUCGAGAAAAACCCUUGGCUUUGAUUCAGAUUGAAGAGCAUGCAAUACAAGAUUUAUUGGUUUUCUAUGAAGCAAACGGUAACCCUGAUGAAUUUGUUAUUGUUGAAAGGGCAUCACAGGGACCACUGGCAGUACCUAUGUGGAAUAAGCAUGGAUGCUAAUUCACCUUA